CCCCGAGCGUCAGAAGGGCUGCAAGCCACACAGAGGGAUCAGCAGAGCUUUGGAGCCGUGGGCCGAGGACUGGCAGGACCACUGAGUAAAUAGACAAAGGUCAACCCCACCCCAACCUCAGCACCAGAUAGCAUGGCAACGGCGAGCACCUCGGGGCAGAGCACCUUCGGGCUCGGGAGGAAAAAGAAGAACCCAGGACUCAUGGAUCAGAUUAGCAAAUUCUUCGGAGGGGAGAAAAAGAAGAGGAGCAAGGGGUCGUUCCGGGGUCACUCGGCCUCCUCGCCCCAGCAAUCCUCUGCUCGCCGCCGGACCAACGAAAAUGCGGUGGUGCAUUUCUUCAGAAGCAUUGUUUCCUCUCCUCGUCCGAAAUCCAGGUGGAGAGAUGUCUUGGGCUUGAGCGACUCGCUGCUCCUGGAUGACUUUGAAACUGCUCGACUUUUUAUGAACCACAACCGGCCUCGUCGCCGCGUGCCGAGAGCACAAAGUCGCCGGUCAGGAGACGCAGGGACCAGAGCACACUGUCCAGACUCUUCAACCUGGGAGAAACCAAGUCCCGUCCACCCCCUAAACGCUGGAGCACCAUCUUCUGAGCUCUCCGCCGAGGACCAAACCAACGCGGACCCGGCGGCCGCGGGACGAGACGACGGAGGGGACGCGGCGGAUCGGCGCGCGGCGGACUCGCAACCUCCACACAUGUUAACUCACUAACACGAGCCUCGUGCGUUUUUUUUCCACACAACAUUGAUACACAGUUUGUAAAAUCCACUCUCCGGGGACGUCGGCGGUCACCAGUUUCAUUUUGAAUCCCACUCCUGAGGGCAUCUCGUCUUGGUCAUUAUUUCGCUGUUUUUAUCAUAUUUUAGACGUAGAGUAAAAAUCGUUGUCUUGGUCUGAUGGUGCUUUAGUGUCUGCCGUCUGAGGUGUGUUAGUUUCUCUAUCUGUCCUCCGUCGUCUGCAUUUUGUGCCCGAGUGGACGCUUUUAUGUAUCUCGCUUCUUUCCCUCGGAACCCCCCCCCCCCCCAGAAGCCACGUUUCUGUCUCGAUGGAGAGUGGUCCUGUGCUUGUGCUCGAGGGAAACGCACGGCGGCGAGAAAUGCAUUUGAAAAAAUACAAGGACGAGGAGCAUAGGCUCUAAUAUUGGUUUCAUGUAACAGCUUUUUGUUUUUUCCUCACGACUCAGUGUAAUUAAUAAAAAUAAAAAGUGUACAGUAUAUGAUGCUGUCCAAGUCGAAUGAAAAGAAUGAAAGGCCCUUUUUUAAAAUGCACUGCUACGUAACACACUGUACAUACAACUGGUCUGCCGUCUUUCUCGUUUAUCGUGAGUUAUCUGUUUUUUCCAUCUUAAAUUAAGUUUGAAGUUUUGAUGUAGUUUUUGUGUGUUUUUGUUUUUUUGAAAGGUGACAGAAAUGAAAGGUUUUGUUUCAGUCGAUGGUCAGAUUGUAAGUGGCUCAGUGGAUUUAAGGCGGAAGCGGCCGGAGGAGCAAGAGGAGUUUCGGACACGGUGUUCUGAGGGGCGUGAUGGUCAUUAUUUCCCAUUUUGUUCACAAAGAAAUCAUUGCGUCGCCUCUCUCGUUUUGUACACGAUCUGUUUUGUAAGUUUCACUCUAACUGUGUCGUUUUGCUGCACAUGUGAUGGUGCUACAGGAAUGUUGGAGUGUUGUGUUUCCUCUUUGUGUCGAACCUAACUACAAAUAAACACAUUUUGUCGUCUCAAA